UCGAGUAUGCUCGAGAAUUCGAUCCAGUAAACAUUCAUUGCAACAGCAUUACAAUUUCUGUCGGAGGAAUUUCAUCGAAAGAUAAGAUGGCAUCCGAAGAUUGGAACAACCUAAAUCGAUGAAAUCGAUUUUUCUCAUUAAGAAUCUAGUCGAUUAAUUCUAAAAGCGCAAGUAAAUUCUCCAAAAUAACAAUAAACAAAGGAAGCAUGGCACAUCUAUUGAAUUACGUCCUUGCAAUCCUAUGUAUCGUCUACAUAGUGAUUGCGGAAAAAGAAUCAAACAUUCUCAAGUUAAGCAAACUGCAUAAAGUUGAUCCGAUUGAGACGGAAGUACCAAGCUUUAAUAUAACGGAAUAUGCAGAAGAAAAAAACGAAUCUAGAAAACGGUUGCCUCUAAUUUCUUUUAGUAAAAAUAAUCCAGAAAUGGACUGGAAAAACUAUUUAAAGAUGUUUGACAAAAAUGAAGAGGAACGCCGAGAUUUUGAUGUCGAUUUUAUGAAAGAAAAAUUCGAACAAACGGCCAACAGUAUACAAUGGCUUGCUGAUCUUUACGACCCUCUCAGGUGGGCUAGAGUGCCCGGGAAACUUCAGGGUGAAUGCCGAAGGGAUAUAGAACGAUUUCUCGGUGCGCUAAAAGACGGAAAACUUUGGGCCGCAAAAAUGUUGGAUGCGAGUGGCCGUUACGCUUCACAAUUUUAUUUUGGUAAUGGUUUCUGGCUGGGUUCGAGCACCCUCUGCAAGGAGCUCAAUGUCACCGACAAAAGUGUGACGAACGUCGACGGAGAGCAGCCACCCUAUCGUCUGAAAUUCCACGUCGCCAGACUUUAUCUAAGUUUCUCGAAGGAACUUGAUUUUCGGUGAACACGUCAGGUGUUUUUGGGUCUCUGCCUACCAAGCACAUGCGAUCGCACAUCCCUGACCUCGAUGCUAAGGGCCAGCGCUGAUAGAGUCGAACGCGAGGGUAAUUCGACUUAUCGAUCGACCGGCCCGAAGAUUCGCGUUGUUGCGGUGAAACCCGUGCCAUCCAGCAAUUACUGCGGUUGGCAAGAUCCCAAAUUUUACGUGCUCUCGGCUAUUGGUGGUAUAAUAUUGGUGCUGAUGAUUUGUGCGACCGUGUACGAAUAUAAAUCCUUCCCUCUUGUAACUGACAUCGAAUCUUCGAACGCGUCAAAUAACAACGACAAGAGCAACAAUUUCGUAGACAAGAAUCUAAACAAAGACCGUAGGAUUUCAACGGGACAGGAAAAUGGCGAAGAACUAAUUGAAAAAGGGACAAAGUAUCCGCAAAAAGAAAACUCUAUUGAGAAGGAUAACGAUAAAGGAUUCUGGCUGAAAUGCUUGCUCGCAUUCAGUCCUAGCGUCAACGGAAAUAAGAUCAUUAGCACUGAGCCUGCGGCUAAAGAUAGUCUGACUUGUCUUCACGGUCUUCGAGUGUUCUCCUUGGGAUGGGUCAUCAUGGUGCAUACGUAUCUCCAAGUUUUUUCCAUUGCCGAAAACAAGACACUGCGAACCGUCACGGAGAGGAAUUUCAUGUUUCAAACUAUCAGUAACGCGACGUUUUCCGUAGAUACUUUCUUUUUAUUAAGCGGUUUGUUAGUGACUAUACUUUUCUACCGAUCUUUGGGCAAUCUUAACAUCGAGAAAGGCAACUUCUUAAAGACAAGCUUUAUCAAGUUCAUUAUCAUGAUUCUAUAUAGAUUCGUCAGAUUGACACCAGCUUAUCUCUUUGUGCUGGGGAUGAACGAAAUCGCCAUAAAGCAUGCUCAAGCAAAGACAGUCUUUUCACUUGCAGUUAUCGACCACUUGACCUGCGAAAAGUUCUGGUGGCGUAAUGCGCUCUAUUUAAACUCGCUAUAUCCGCGCACGGAAAUGUGCAUGCUUUGGAGCUGGUAUAUGGCCAAUGACACGCAGUUCUACGUCCUUGGGAUAUUUCUUCUUUUACUCUCCGUGAAAUAUUUCAAGACCGUGAUAGCUGUCGUAUCGCUGUUGAUUGUUUCGUCGUGGUUCACUACGUUUUCCGUAGCCUACAGCAACGAUUACAUAGCCAGGAUCCAAGAGCCAUUCGCUCUCUUCGACGAGCUUUAUGAUAAACCUUGGUUGAGAGCUGGCCCAUAUUUCAUCGGCACGAUUACUGGAUAUAUCCUCUUUAAAACCAAGUGCCAGUUAAAGUUACCUAUGGGAGCGGAAUUGAUCGGCUGGAUUCUGUCCGCGAUAAUAAUGUCCUCAGUGGUGUACGGACUGUAUCCCGGAAAUUUGACGGUGCUAGUCAGCUCCGUAUAUGCGGCCUUGGGUCAUACCGCGUGGGCAAUAGCAGUAGCUUUUGUUGUGAUUCAAUGCUGCACGGGAUCGGCGCGAAUGAUCAAUAGUUUACUCUCACUCAGACUAAUGUAUCCUCUCUCGAGGCUCACAUACUGCGCCUAUUUAGUUCACCCCGUUAUCAUGAUGAUCACGUGUACACAAAUGGACGGACCGCUACAUCUUCAUAACGGGAUUGUGCUUAUCGUCUAUUUCGGUAACUUGGUGGCCUCAUACUUGCUGUCGUUCUGCAUUUCUCUGGCCUUCGAAGCGCCAGUAGUAAAUUUGUUAAAAAUUGCAUUCACCUCAAAGAAAAGAGAGAGGUAGAAUGCGAUCAUUCGCUUAAUAGAAGAACAAAUGUGAUUAUUCAACACGAUAAUGAUGUUGUUCCGAAUUUCUGAAUCUCAAUGAGAAGAAGAUGAAAAUCAUUGAAUUACUGAAUUUAUAGAAUGUACUUGUGGCCAGAAAUCACCGAUAUUCGGUAGUUCGUAAUAAUAGAGUCAUAAAAAUUCAGUAAUAACUCAUCGAAUACUUCAUGAUAUGAUGAUGACAUAAAUAUUUCAUGAAAUAGGUCCUAACUUCUUAACAUUAAAUUCUUUUCCUAACAAUAAGACACAAAAAGCUAAAUUGCUCAUAAAUCAGCCUGUCAUUAUUAAUAAAGAGAAAAUAUUAAAGAGCCAUUUUAAUAUGGUAAUCAUUCCAAAAAUACAAUAAUACAAUCGAUACAAAGAUUCGUUAACACUUAAAAAUAAUUGAAAAAUAUAAAAAACUCUUAUGCAAUUUUUAUCAAGUUGAAAGAACUCUCGAGUUCGAGGCAACACCCUGUGCUAAACACGCGAAUUUUUUUCCCCGAUCUAGAUAUAACGAUUACGUGUUAAACAGCAAGAUCUGCUAAUGCAAUAACCGUGUUUCUUUAUGUAAUAAAUAAGAAAAACUAAAUCACUGAUUAUGAAACAUAAAAUCACACAGUAAGUUAGAAGAUUUCUUUCCGCUGAUCUAUUAUCGCAUACAUACGUGUCGCAUAUAUACGUAUAGAUGAAAAAAAUUUAUAGUAUAACUAUAAACGUAUAAGUUAGUUAAAAAUAGCGGCAAAAAAAUGUUCACAUGUGCAACACAUCAAAUAUACUGUAACACAACAUAAUCUUUUUGUGUGUGCAAAAUA